AUGCGGUCGACAUUGGCGCGGCGGUUCCGGCGAGCUAGCGAGCUAGAGGAUGGCGGGGAACUGUUCUGGGUGUCCAGGUGGUGCGUUUGGCGGCGACAGCGCUGUCGGGCGGCGCCUAAAUCGGUCGCGUUUCUUCCGUGUCUGCCCGUGGCUGCGGCGGAGUGUCGUCCUUAUCUCUGGCAGCGGCGGGCACGGGUUGCUGUCGUGGGCGUGUCUGGCGGCUUCGUGGUCGCCAGGCGGUGCUCAACCUGCAGCGAGGUGGUCCAGGGCGUGCUCGAGUUGGCGAGACGGUGCGUGGCCAGUGGCGUCCGCGGCGCGCGCAUGUGCGACGCCAGCGGCAUCCUGCCUCCGCCAGCCACCGGCCAUGGGCCGGCCGCCCCGCCCACCACGGCCCUGUCUCCACCACCCACCACGGCCACCCCUGCCCGCCGCCAUCGGCCCGCCGCCGCCCCAGCCCGCCGCCACCGGCCGGCCGGCCGCCGCCUUGCCUCCGCCCGCCACUCGCCUUGGCCACGACCGCCCUCGCCUGCCACGGCCGCCCUCACCCGCCACGGCCGCCCCCGUCCGCCCCCGCCCGUGAGAAGACCUGCAGGCACUGUAGCGCGGCAGCCACGGACGCUCGGCGGCGCGGCGGAGGUGGUCGCACGUUUCUCCAGCGGGACUCCAUGGCGGAAGCAGUUGCAAUUUGGUGAAAAUUCAGCGCGCCACAGGUGA